AAUUGUUCCCUUGUCACUUCAAUCAUCCUUAUCCACGAACCAAACAUAAAAGCUAUAUCAGUUAAAAAAAAAAAAGGAAAAAAAAAAAACACAUAAAAGCUAUCGAAAGAGUCUCUUCAUCAUCCUCCUAAUCAUCAGUCUGUAUAGGAGGAGUAUUUCUUUUUGCUCUUCCUUCCAUCUAUCAAACUGCUUGCAUCUUUAGGAUAUGGCUCUCAACACUGCAAGGUCAAGAAGCUUAAUACAUCAUCAUCUUCUGAAAUCAAAAUUGGCUUCUUUGGGUGCUGUGAUCAACCAAAAUUGUUGGGUUCCACACUUCACUGAUCACCAUCCUCCUCUGUCUCCUUCACGUCCAAUUCAUCACUAUCUCAGAAACCCAGAUGCAAUUCCCACCAACGACGCAAACCCUUUCCUAUCUUACCGUUUCAAGUUUACUCAAGCAGGCAAACGGUCCUUGGAUUUAAUCGGCAAUUCAACUGAUGACACCGGGGUCCUGAAUUUUCCCGGAGGAGAGGUUAAAUUCACCCCCGAAAUGAAGUUCAUACCACAAUCCUCUACAGAACGGAUACGUUGCUAUAGAGUUCUUGAUGACAAUGGUCAGCCAAUUACCAAUCGCAAUUUUGUUCAGAUCAGUGAGGAAGUUGCUGUAAAAAUGUACUCUGACAUGGCCACUCUUCAAGUCAUGGACACAAUAUUCUAUGAAGCACAAAGGCAAGGAAGGAUUUCUUUUUAUCUUACCACAAUUGGAGAGGAGGCCAUCAACAUUGCGUCUGCGGCGGCACUCCAUUUUGAUGACCUCAUCUUCCCUCAGUACAGAGAACCAGGAGUGUUAUUAUGGCGGGGAUUCACUCUUCAGGAAUUCGCAAAUCAAUGUUUUGGAAACAAAGCUGAUUAUGGAAAGGGCAGGCAGAUGCCUAUCCACUAUGGCUCCAGCAAACACAAUUACAUCACUGUUUCAUCAACGGUUGCUACACAACUUCCCCAUGCUGUUGGAGCUGCGUAUGCUUUGAAGAUGGAUGGACGAGAUGCAUGCACAGUCACCUAUUUUGGGGAUGGUGGCACCAGUGAGGGAGAUUUUCAUGCGGCUUUAAAUUUUGCGGCGGUUAUGGAGGCCCCAGUUAUUUUCAUCUGUCGGAACAACGGGUGGGCCAUCAGCACCCCUGUCUCAGACCAAUUUCGAAGUGAUGGUAUUGCUGUUAGAGGGCAGGCAUAUGGUGUUGGUAGCAUUCGUGUAGAUGGUAAUGAUGCUCUUGCCAUGUUUAGUGCAGUUGAAGCAGCACGUAGAAUAGCCAUCGAUGAGCAGAGACCUAUCUUGAUUGAGGCCCUAACAUAUAGAGCAGGACAUCACUCCACUUCGGAUGAUUCGACCAAAUAUCGACCAGCUGAAGAGAUCGAAUGGUGGAGAAUAGAGCAAGACCCUGUGUCCAGAUUUAGAAAGUGGAUUGAAAGUAAUGGAUGGUGGAGUGAUGAGGCCGAGUCCAAGCACCGAACCACUAUUAGGAAGCAGCUACUAGAUGCAAUUCAAGUUGCAGAGACAUCAGAGAAACCACCUAUUACAGAGCUUUUUGCAGAUGUCUAUGAUGUUCCUCCAUCCAACCUUUUUGAGCAAGAGAGAUCACUUAGAGAGACGAUGAAUAGACACCCGCAAGACUUCCCAUCUGACUUCCCAUUUUAGCUUCGUUUCCAUUUCAUUUGUCAAUUCGGUCACGUGUGGAUUUUUCUUUCUGUGGAAGCCCUAUGCCAUUAAAAUUGCUAUUUGCAUCAUGGCAAGGGAAAAUUAUGGAGAAUUUAAAAUUAUCACCAGGACUACUUCAAGUUAAAGCGGUUUCUGUUAUUCGCUUCAUGAAA